UGAUGAUGUAAAAGCUAAAGUCAUCAGGCAGGCUGCAGUUAGCUUGCAACUGUAUGAAAUAUCAUUUAAGUUGGCAGAAAAAAUGACUUUCUCAAAGUUUAUUAAGCCCAUAGGUCUACCCGAAGAAGGCGCUAGAGUACCAAUAGGGACAACAGUUAUAGUUGCAGGCUGGGGAAAAACUGCGGAUGAUUCAAAACCGUCGAAAAUGCUGUUGGCAACCAACCAAACAGUUAUAGAAUUUAAGAAUAAACAUCUUAUUUAUACUGACAGUACACAAUCAGGAGUUAAAAUGGGCGAUUCAGGAGGUCCUUUAGAAUAUAACGGUGUACUGUUGGGAGUGGUAUCCGGCGGUGGUCGUAAUAAAAAGAGAAAAUUCACAUUCUUCACGGAAGUCGCAUUCUUUCGUUCAUGGAUAAAAAGUAAAACUAAUUUAUAAUACAGAAGCGAUAAUACUUCUUCCAUCACUAAAUAGUUGAUGGAAUGUUAUUAAUUUACUGUUGUUUGCUUAAAUAAAAUAUGUAUAUA